UUAGGCUACCACUGGGGUUUUACAAAUUUGGAAAAAAAAAAUGUGAUGAAAGUCAUAAGCUGUUUUAAAUGCCAGAUUUUAGUGACAUUUUAGUUGUUCAACUACACUGCAAAUUGACAAAACUUUUGGCCUAGAUUUAAAUUCAAACCAUAGUCACUUCUGUAAACCUCAGGUAUUCAUCUGUAGUUUUGUCUCAGUAUCACCAUCUUUCUUUUUAGUUCUUGUACUUCCACAUACUCAUUAUAACUUAAGAUUGUAAGAUUUGUUGGCGAUAAACUGUGCAAAAAUACAUUUUAAGAAUAAAACGCCUGAGGUCACACUGGGUACUGGUUAUGAGUGGUGUUUGUGUGUAUGUCACAGUGCAUGAGGACAUACAGAUAGCUAUGACAAAUACUACACCAAGGAAACAACCAAUUACUACCAUCCUUCUUAUGACAAACAUGUUAUGACUUUAGCAAAGCCAUCCACAAUGUUGGGGUUAUGCAAUGCUAAAGGGUAAAGAUCUCGUUUAUCUGUCUGUCAGAUAAGAUUAACCUUCACCAAAGGGACUAAAACAGACAAAUAAGGUUGUGUCAAAGCACAGACUGUCAGGAUAAGUUCACCAAAUACAAGACUUACCAGAGUUCUCAUGGUUCUUCUAUAGAUAUUGGUCAUUAUUCCUACUUUUACAUAGAGAACCUUUUUUGUUAUUGUUUUCAUAACUUCAAAGGUAAAGUCAGAUGUGUCAUUUGGUCAACCAAAAACAGGGUUGUUUUGAUGUUCAAUCACUGUCCCGGAUCAAUAUUGACAACAGACCCUGUGAACCUUGAUGUACGCACGCAAACCAGGGUCAUCCACCGUUUAAAGCAACUUCGUCAAAAUAUUUUAUAUGUGCAACUCACUGUGUCAAUCAUUAACCCUCUGGAGGCCAAGCUGUUGUAUAAAUACCGGUUCGGAGAAAUCGCUUUAGAAGGAAAAACAACCAUCAGAGUCAAGUCCAAAAAGAAACAGGAGAAAGAUCUUUUUUUUUUUUUACCUUUAGACUGAAGAUGCCUGGAUUAUAUGGGAAGUUGAGGCUCCUGGCAGCAAUGGCCCUAACGCUCUGGGCCGGGGUCUGGUCAUCCCCGGUGGUCGGGCCGGAGCCAAUCCGAUGUGCCCCCUGUUCACAGGAGAAACUCAACGACUGUCCCGCCAUCCCUGCAGACUGUAAACAGGUCCUGAGGGAGCCCGGCUGUGGCUGCUGCAUGGCCUGCGCCCUGGACAAAGGAGAGUCAUGUGGGGUCCACACUGCACACUGUGGUGAAGGUCUCCGCUGUACCCCCAGACCUGGUGAGGCCAGACCCCUGCAUGCCCUGACUCGAGGACAGGGGGUCUGCACCGACGACCUGGGCCAAGAUGACACUGAUGUAGUCACUGACCAGGGCUCCCUGCACUACCUGCUGGGACUCAAUCUCCCUCUUGACCACCAAGACCAGGAAGGCCAGGAGAGCAUCAAGGCCAAAGUGAAUGCAAUCCGCAACAAACUGGUGCAGCAGGGUCCUUGUCACACUGAACUACACACAGCACUGGACAUGAUCGCCACCUCCCAGCAGAUACUAGGAGAGAAGUUCACAACAUUCUACUUACCCAACUGUGACAAGCACGGCUUCUACAAGGCCAAGCAGUGUGAGUCGUCUCUGGUUGGACCGCCUGCUCGCUGCUGGUGCGUCUCCUCCUGGAACGGGAAGAAGAUCCCAGGAUCAAGUGACCUCCUCGGAGACUCAGAGUGCCAUCAAGAAGUCACUCACUAAAAGAUGGACCCUAUUAUCUGUUAAUUAUUGAGCAUACAUACAUGCAAAUAUAUACAAAAGAACAUGCAGAUCCAAAAAUGCAAAAUAUGUUUCACAGGUAAACACAUCUCCAUGCAUUUACCUGUGAAAAAAA